AUGGCAUUCAUGACUACACGAGGCAUAUACUGCUACAAAGUGAUGCCGUUCGGUUUAAAGAACGCUGGCUCCACUUACCAAAGACUAGUGAACAUGAUGUUUGCUAGCCAAAUCGGUCAAACUAUGGAGGUUUAUAUCGACGAUAUGCUGGUAAAGUCGUUGGUGGCAGAGGACCACAUAGUACAUCUACAUCAAGCCUUCACUACACUGCGCAAAUACAACAUGAAGCUAAACCCUUCAAAGUGUUCGUUUGGUGUUAGUUCAGGCAAGUUCCUUGGGUACAUUGUCACGUUCCGAGGAAUAGAAGCUAAUCCAGACCAAAUCAGAGCAAUCCAGGGCAUUACUCCUCCAAGAAACGUGAAAGACGUGCAGAAGCUCACUGGAAGGAUGGCUGCUCUCAGCAGAUUUAUCUCGAGACUUUCUGAUAGAUCUCACCCGUUCUUUGCUGCCUUAAGAAAGCCGAAGCCAAAAGACUUUAUAUGGGACGACAAGUGUGAGGAAGCACUAAAGCAUUUGAAGGAGUACCUCACGACACCUCCAGUUUUGUCAAAGGCCAAAGAUGGAGAAGUGUUGUUACUGUAUCUUGCUGUAUCAGAACAUGCCGUCAGUGGAGUCCUCGUACGCGAGGAAGGGAGCAAACAAUAUCCGGUGUACUAUGUGAGCAAGUCUCUCUUAGAAGCCGAAACAAGAUACAGCCACCUGGAAAAACUAGCGCUUGCAUUGAUAACAGCGGCAAGGAAGCUGCGUCCUUACUUCCAAGCCCAUCCUAUCGUGCUAGUAACUUCGUCUCCUAUAAAAGCGGUGCUCCACAAACCAGAGGUGUCAGGGAGAUUGGCUAAGUGGGCAGUCGAACUUGGAGAGUAUGACGUCAUUUAUAGACCGACCACAGCCAUAAAAUCGCAAGCAUUAGCUGAUUUUGUUGCUGAAUUCGCACCAAGCAUGGUCCGAGAAGUGAUAGAAGAGGUAAAAACGCUUCUGGAUGGGACAAGAAACGGGGAAUGGAAGCUCUAUGUCGAUGGUUCUAGCAACAUUAGAGGAACUGGUCUCGGCCUAGUUCUCAUGUCUCCAACAGGCGAUACAGCUUCGAGAGCAGUCAGAUGCAACUUCCGGGCUACUAACAAUGAAGCAGAAUAUGAGGCACUGAUAGCAGGACUAACGUUGGCUCGAGAACUCGGAGCUCAAAACUUAGAAGUGUUUAGCGACUCGCAGUUAGUCGUCAAUCAAACCCAAGGGGAUUACCAAGCCAAGGAUUCUAGUAUGGCUAGAUACUUGAGUGUAGUGAAGGAGCUUAUCAAAGCGUUUGGUAGCUGCAAGAUUAGUCAAAUUCCGAGAGAAGAGAACAAUCAUGCAGAUGCACUCGCUAACCUUGGAUCCGCACUCAAAACUGACACUUCAGUUAAUGUACCCCUACUGAUUCUACAGUGGCCAACGACUAAAAAAGACAUAGAAAAGCAAGAGUCUUGCGUCGUGACGACAAGCGAAACAUCGAGUUGGAUGACGUCAAUACUCAACUAUCUUCGAGACGGCGUGUUGCCACUGGAUCGCGCUGAAUGUAGAAAGAUCAAGCAGCAAGCUGCACGAUAUAUUCUCAAUGGAGGACAAUUAUAUCGUAGAUCAUUCUCUGGACCUUAUUUGAAGUGUAUUACGGCGAGUGAAGCUCAAUUAGUCUUGGCCGAGCUACAUUUAGGAGAAUGUGGAAAUCACUCUGGCGCGCGAAAUCUAGUGCUAAGAGCCAAGAGGGCCGGAUACUACUGGACGACGAUGAACGAGGAUGCUGUACGAUUCGUUCGUCACUGUGACAAAUGUCAAAGGUUUGCAAAUGUCUCAAGACUGCCACCAGAAAAUUUAAAGACAAUCAGUUCUCCAUGGCCAUUCAUGAAGUGGGGCAUGGAUAUAGUCGGAAAAUUACCAACAGCGCCAGCUCAGAAAGUUUUCCUAUUGGCUGUGACUGACUACUUUACAAAGUGGGUGGAAGCAGAGGCGUUCAGCCAAGUCAGAGCGCAAGAAGUCAAUAGCUUUAUAUGGAAGAAUGUUAUAUGCAAAUUCGGGGUACCUCAUGAGAUUGUCACUGACAACAGACCCCAAUUUGCAUGUAACAAGUUUAAAGAUUUCUGCGACGAUUGGGGCAUAAAAUUAAGCUUCGCAACACCAAGGCACCCGCAGUCUAAUGGUCAAGCAGAAUCGUCAAACAAAACAAUUGUCAAACUACUGAAGAAACGCCUAGAGAAGUCUAAAGGAAAUUGGGUAGAAGAGCUUCCAGGCGUGUUGUGGGCUUAUCGUACCACUACUAAAUCAUCGACCGGUGAAACACCGUUUUCACUCGUGUAUGGAAUGGAAGCGGUAAUACCCUGUGAAGUAGGCGUAAAAACGGCACGAACCGAACACCCUAACUUGCAGGAGAACGAGAAGCUGAUGUGUCUCGAACUUGAUCUACUAGACGAGAAACGAGAGACAGCGAAAAUAACCAAUUGGUGCUAUCAACAGGAAGUGGCUAGGAGCUACAACAAAAAUGUGCGCACACGAACGUUUUAG